AUGGUUUAUGUUUCUUUGCACAGUAUGUCAUCCUCUAGUGCCAAGAGUAAUGAAACUAGUAAGAAGUCAGUUGAAGGGGAUGGUAAAAGAGAAUCAACUUCCACCCAAUUUACUACAUGUAGUCUAAAACCACCUAAGAAAGUAAAAGGUUUGACUUCAGACGUUUGGAAAUCUUUUUCUAGGGUGGUUAAUGAAGAGGGGGUAGCAAAGGCUAAGUGUAAUGGUUGUGGCACUUUAUUAGCAUGUGGUGGAAAUUACGGCACUUCACAUUUAAGUCGUCAUAUUAAACAAUGUGUAGCUCUUCCAAAGUUUCACAAUGUAGGCUUGAUGAUGUUAGAUAAUCAAGGCAACAUAAGAUCUAGACAAAUCAAUAAUUCACGUAUAAGGGAGUUGUUGGGGAUGUUAAUUGUUGCACAUGAUUUGCCAUAUUCUUUUGUUGAAUUUCCUCUUCUUAAGGAGUUGCUUAAGGAAUGUAAUCCUGAUGUUAAGCUUAUGAGUAGAAAGACUGCUGUGUCAGAUGUUAGAAGAUUGUAUGAGGUACAAAAAGACAAGUUAAAAGUGAUGUUAUCAAAGUGUCCUAGUAGAAUAUGUUUGACCUCUGAUUGUUGGACUUCUGUAACAUCUGAGGGUUAUAUUUGCUUAACAGCACAUUUUGUGGAUGAAAAUUGGAAGCUUAAUAGUAGGAUACUUUCUUUUUGUAAAAUGGAGCCUCCACAUUCUGGACAUGAAUUAGCCAGUAAAGUUUUUGAGAGCUUAAGUGAUUGGGGGAUUGAAAAGAAAAUUUUUACAAUUACUUUGGAUAAUGCAUCUGCAAAUGAUUGUAUGGCUGAGAUCUUGAAAGAGAGGUUGAUUUUGCAAAAUAAUUUGAUUUGUGAUGGGGAAUUUUUUCAUGUGAGGUGUUGUGCACAUAUCUUGAACUUGAUAGUUCAAGAAGGUUUGAAGGUGACAAAUGUUGCGAUAAAUAAAAUUCGAGACAGCAUUAAAUAUGUUAAGAUGUCUGAGUCCAGGAUGAAAAUUUUCAAGCAAUGUGUUGAGCAAGUUGGUGGUAUUGACACCUCAAUGGGAUUGCGAUUAGAUGUGCCUACUAGAUGGAAUUCCACUUAUGACAUGCUUGAAAGUGGAAUUAGAUAUAAAAGAGCUUUUGUUUGCAUGUCUUGUCGUGACACUAAUUUUAAGCAUUCCUUAUCAAAUGAAGAGUGGAGGAGAGCAGAGGAAAUGUGCAUUUUUUUACAACCAUUUGCAAUGAUUACUACUUUGAUUUCUGGCACAUCUUAUCCAACUUCCAAUAUGUAUUUUGGACAAAUAGCAAAAGUUGAGAUUUUGUUGAAUGAUGCCAUUAGCAAUCGUGAUCCUGUGAUUUCUAGUAUGGCAAUUAGAAUGAAGGAUAAAUUUGACAAGUAUUGGAGUGAUUAUAGUGUGAUCCUUUCAAUUGGAAGUGUUUUUGAUCCACGAGCAAAGCUUGAAGCAAUCAAGUAUUCUUUCUCUUUGAUUGAUCCUGUGGAUUACUACAUGAAAGUUGAUAAUAUCAAACAAAAGUUGUCUUAUAUCUUUGAUCAAUACAAAGAGAUGGGUGGAUCUUCCAUUAAUGUUACAUCAAGUUCAACUCCAAUACAAAGUCAACCAAGCUCAAGCACAAGUGGAAGGAUGGUAGAGAAGAAGGAACCAACCAUGUCUUGGAUUCAACUUUAUGGUGAUUUUCUUAAUUUCAAGAGUAAGGAUGUUUCUUCUGUUGGGAAAUCUGAACUGGAUUAUUAUUUGGAAGAAGCUUCUCUUGAUGGUCACCAAUUUCCAGAGUUGGACGUGUUGCAUUGGUGGAUGACUAAUCAACAACGAUUUCCCAAUCUUUCAAAGAUGGCAUGCGAUAUUUUAAGUAUUCCGAUAACUACGGUAGCUAGUGAAUCGGCUUUUAGUAUUGGUUCUUGUGUUCUAACAAAGUAUCGUUCUAGCCUCCUUCCAGAUAAUGUGCAAGCAUUAAUUUGUACUCGAAAUUGGUUACAUGGUUUUGUUCCACCAUUAUGUGGUGAGGAAGAAGUGGUUGCAGAGUAUAUUGAUAUUGAAGCCCCUCCACCUUUAACAAGUGGACCUACUUCUCAGAGUUCUAAUUGGCAAGCGUCGGAUCAAAGGUUACUGACUUACGGCAACCCAAGAAUCUCUGAGAGGGGCAAAACCAACGUCUUCGAUUUUGAGACUUCCAUGUUAUUAUUGCGCUGA